AUGAGAGAAGAGAAGAUGACGAAGAUAAGCAGAGGUACUGAUGCUGAGAAGAGAACAGACACAGAUAGAGAGUUGUCAGGAGUCCUUCAGGGGACUGAUGAGAGCAGCACAGAAGAACAGGCUCCAGAACCAGGACCYAAUGAUGGACCAGGGAACKAGGGUAGAACCAGGGAGGUAYAACKCAAAGCCCGUAGCAGGCCCUUCUCCCUGAGAGACUGCCUUCUCAAGUACCUCCUGUUCUUCAGCAACCUCCUCUUCACYGUGCUAGGCCUGGUGGUCCUGGCCCUGGGACUGUGGGGCCUCAUCAACAAGGAAUCCUUCGCUCAGGAGAAAAUAGGACAGAUCAACACCGACCCCAUGCUGGUGUUUGUGAUACUGGGCUUGGUGCUGUCUACCCUCUGCCUGUCAGGCUGUGUGGGGGCUCUGAGAGAGAACUGCUGCCUGCUCCAGGUCUUCUCAGCCACCGUGCUGGUCCUGGUAGCAGCCCAGGUCCUAGRGGCCAUCGUGGCAUACAGCCUGCAGGGACAGAUAGAGGGAUACCUGAGGUCAGGUAUGCUGGCUGCCAUGGUGCGUUACCAGGAUGACCUGGACRUGAGGUUCAUCACAGAUGAGAUCCAGAUAGGACUGCAGUGCUGCGGGGCCGACAACUACAGAGACUGGGAGGUCAACAUGUACUAUAACUGCUCUGCCCCGGGGGUGCUGUCCUGUGGYGUCCCUGCUACCUGCUGUGUGGACCCCCUGGAGAACGGCACCGUGUGGAACUCCCAGUGUGGAGUAGGAUCCCAGCAGCUGGAUGAGUUCUCUGCUCAGAGCGUCAUCUUCCUGGGGGGCUGUCUGGGGGGCAUGUCCCGCUGGAUAGAGCAGCACACAGGCCUGAUAGGAGCCGUGGGUAUCGUCCUACUGGGGGUUCAGAUCAUCACUCUGUUCAUCACCACACGACUGAUGGAUAAAAUCCAGUGCAGUAAAGCUACAAGUUAAUAAGACCCAGUGGAGUAAUGCUACAAGAUAAUAACAUCUAGUGGAGUAAA